CAACAACCCAAGAUGUCUGCCUUCUUGUACGCUCUACAUCGGGAGCUCUUUUGCUUGAAUGUUGAUGAUUAUGAGGUUCAAAAUGGACUACAAUUGAAACAGAUUGCAUCUGAAUGUUGUGGGGUAAGUCUUGAUUCAAUAGUUGUCCAUAAUCUCUUGCCGAAAUGCAAUAAAAAAACAUCAAAUUCUGUUUCCAUUAUUACGGAGUUGCAUGGAGUUAAGCUUAAGCUUUAAGACUGAAUUCAUCAGGAAAUUGAGUAAUAUUAAUUUUAAGUAGACAAAAGCCUUGUACAAGAAUAAUUUAAAGCAUAUUGCAUUCUUUUUCACAUUUUUCAAGGGCUAAAGAUGUAAUUAGUCAUCUGUAAUAACCCCAAACUAAAUUAAUUAUUUUUUCAUGGGAGCCCGAGAAAAUCUUACAGUUUAAAGUGUUUUACUGUAGAAUGUGUACUUUAAAAAUCUUAAAAUGAACACAAAAGUGUUUAGAACGUACACUAUUUAAAAGAAACCACAAUAAUGUCUACUGUUUAAUGUCAGUAGCAAUCGGCUUGAAAAAUGAAAAAAAAACAAAACAAAAUUAAUCUUAAAAUGAUUUUAAGAAAUGUUUUAUCGCAAUUUUUUAUAGUGAAAUGCUUUUCAAAAUCACUUCUUGUUCGUAAAAACAAAAAAAACAAUGCAAUAUUCUUUAAAUUUUUCUGGUACAAGGUUUUUUCCAUUAAAAAUAUUGAUCUUUGCGUAUGCAAGUCUUCAGAUAUCACAACAAUCUUUGUUAAAGUGUGAAACCUUUUAAAUUGACAUAAAAAAUUAUAAGGUGGUUGUGGACUUCGGGGUAAAGUAAUAGCUUUUAGCCACAUUUUAUUAAAUGAUUCAGCAAACUGUUGCUGUCUUCUUUUUAAGCAUAUACGUCCAAAGUGUAAUCUUGAAAUAUCCCAGAAAACUAUAUGUAUUAAAUAUUUUAUUUAUUAGUCAUUUCUGAUGAAGUGUUAUUACAUUCGUUUUCAUCCACUCAAAACCAACUGCAACCCUUGUAGCUGGCUGAUGAUAAAUUAUUUUUACACUUUUGUGGUAAAGUUUACAAAGUAUAUCACUGGUCAAGUCACCUGAAAGUCAUCUCACCCAAACCCCGGAGGUAAUUUGAGCUCUGACAGAUCAGAUACACUGCCUCUUAACCUAGAAACACUUUUUAAAGAAAUACACAUAACACAUUUUAAAUAAAGUGUACUUCUUUUUCUCUAAGGCUGAAAAUAGGAGGAAGAGUAAAAAGACAGUGCCUGUGCAGCUGUAUGGGUCCACAGCUUUUGACGACAUACAGUCAAACCACAAUAAUAAAGACACUGAGGAGGCCAUAGAAAGUGUCCUUUUUAAUGGGGUGUCCUUGUUAAGCAGGUUGGAUUUAGAAAAAUGUAACAGUGACAAAGCAAACUGUCCAUAAUAGUGAAGUGUCCAUAUUAAGUGGGUGUCCAUAAAGUGGUGUUUGACUGUAACUUUAUGAUCAUUGUUUGGUCAAGAUGACUUUAAAGUGACUUGACUAUGAAAUAAUAGUUAUUUAUUUAUUAAAUGGCAGGGCAUACCAGUGGAAAAACUGUUUGUCAUUCACAAUGGCCAUGUCACCUCAGAUAGCAGUAAAGUUCACCUUCAAGCUGGAGAUGUUUGUUACACAGCUCUGCAUCUUCCUGGUGGAAAAGGAGGGUUUGGAUCCAUGCUGCGGGCACUUGGUGCACAGAUAGAGAAGACAACAAACAGAGAAGCUUGCAGGGACUUGAGUGGGAGACGAAUGAGGGAUAUCAACGAUGAGAAAAAGUAGGAAUCCAGGGCUGUGCUCUAGCGGAGCCCGGUGGCCCCUGGCGCCUAACUUUUGCCCUGGGGCGACUAGAAAAUAUCAGAUUUUUUGCACAAAUCAUAUGCUGGGCACCUAUAUUUUACAGUUUCAGUGCACUUUUCCAUAGAGCACAGCCUUGAAACCUUUCAGCUGAUUUUUUUCUAAUUUAAACAAAGGCCACUACACAUAUCAGACAACUACUACCAUAACUGUGUGUUGCUUCCCACUGUCGCCAGAAAAGGCGACUGAGAAAACAUUGAUCUUGUUACCUUUAAUAUUUGUGACCACUUUCUUUCUUUUCGGAGUUCAUGACAACUGACCAAACUUUUUAUUGUUUUAUUGUUUUUACGUGUUUAUAUUAAGAGUAAAACCCCCUGUUACUUUUUAAUAGUAUAAGGAGACUUUUGUUGGAGUCGUUACUUUUGGAGAUUUGUUUCUUUUCUGGGGUUUGGACAGGAUUCUUCAAUAUUUUUACUCUCCCUUUGGCUUGGACUUGUAAGAGAUGUUUUUCACGAUCUUUUGCUAAGGGAAUUUUUUCUUUGAUUUUUAUAUCUUUUAGAAUAGCUGAGUGGGUUUCUAAACAAGCUGAGAGGGAGCGUGAAAAAGAAAUACAAAAACAACUGCGGAUGGAGAGAAAGAGACAAAUGCCUAAACAUACGUUUGAUGAUGCAACAUAUACACAACACAUCCAGGAAACUUGUGAACGAAUUGAAGAUGCCUUGCAGCAAGGUAAAACAUUUUCAUAUUUUCACAUUUGCUGCAGCUGUUGUCCUCUAUCCUUUAUCAAUAAAAAAUUGUCUUUUGGGAACCACCAACAGCCUUUAUGUUACUGCCCUUUGGUAACCAUCAGAAUCAAUACCCAUCCAUUCCUUCCGUCCACCCAUCAAUUCUUCUAUCUGUCUCUUCUUGUUCUGCUGAUUCUCAAAGCAAGGCUGUGGCCCCAGGCGACAAGAAGAUCUUAGUUUUUCCAUAGAAAUAUCAAGCUGAGCACCCUGGAUUUCACAGGUUCAAGGCACUGGGCUCCCUUUGAGUUUUCUUAGAGCACACCCUUGUCAAAGAGCCCUGGAACAGGGUUUGUGUUUGGGCAAAAUAAUAACAAUAAUAAUAAAGUGAGUAAACUAUUUGCACAGGUCUUAAAGCUGCAGGAAGUUCAGCAUCAACAAGCACUUCAACAUCCUCAGAGAGAACAGCAGUCAAACGUGUCCUUGCUGAUGAACCAUCAACUUCAAGUGGAAGCAAGAAAAGCAGGAUGUUGUGAGUUUCCAUUCAUGUAUCUUUUACAAUCUUUGUCUGCCUAAAAGCGUUGGCAAUAAAUUUACUAGACACUUUAUUAUUUUUAACUAUCCCAUCUCUGUUUACAAAAAAGUCUUUUUUCUCAAUGCUCAUAUGUAAGAUCUUCUUUGGAAUUUUUGGUAGAAUGGCCAGCUUGUAUAGCAGUGCAGUAAUUAUUAUUGUAUGACAGGCUGGUGGUUAGGUUAUGUUUGCAAGAAAAAAUGUAUUUUACACCAGGGCAAUCACUAAGAGCUUGGGACCAGGGAUUUUCCCAGCUUCUACAGUGUUGUCAUUAAGAUUUAAUAAUGUAAGUAGCCGGGCUCUUGCGAAAAGUAACAGGUUAUUUAUCGCUUAAAUUCUUCUAUGUUUGUAAUGCUUGACUUAUUUAGAAACUUUGAGUGGCCGGUUGAUUUUACUACAGUAGCCUCCUAAAAAAGGCGGCUACUGGCUACAAAUGACAGCCCUGCUUCUAUGAGCAUUACCUCCAGCUACUUCCAUAGGAAGCAAAAGGGAAAUAGAACCUAAUUAAGUAGACCUGAAAUCUUAGUGACAACCCCAUUAAAGUGAUUUGAUGAAGUGUUCAAUAAUAUGGCAAGCUGGGAAAGUGGGAGAGCACUUGGGAGUCUGGGAGGUGUAAGUGAUUUGGAACACUACCCUUUUAAAAACUACCAUACUGUUUGCAGGACUAAACAAUUUUUUGCUUCUUACUGACUAAGUGCAGUUUUUUUUUGUUCUUUACUGACUUAGUACAGCUACACCACCCAAUUGGUGCCUCUCUUAAUAAGUUGUAUGACAAUAACAGGGAAACCUUUUUUGUCAUUAAGGUACUCAGGGAUGCUAAUAAAAUGUUAACUGUUUGUUUUGAACCAAAAUCUUAAGAUUAUAUUACUAUAAACCUUUUUGCAACUGCUUGUGAAACUGCACAAAAACGUACACCCAAAAGCUGUGACUGUCAGUGUUCACAUUCAUAGGUACCAAACCAUUUUUAAAGUUUCUGUCAUUUAUUGAAACUUUAGAAGAACUGUUUUUUGUCAUGUUUUUGUCCAGGUUAGGAAUGGAUGAUCUUGACAGCGAUGAAGAUGAUGACGUGUCAGUUACUUCAAGAGAUGAAAGUAAAGAUAUUCCUGCAUUGUGUACUUCAACUACUACAUCAUGUACCAGCACCCAUGUUGAACCCUCAACAUCAUAUAACAAUUUUGAAAACAGACAUUGCAUGGAGACUGGAGCAGAGGAAAUUGUGGGAGAGUUAGAAGGAGAAACCAAAGAUCAAACAAAAGAUUUCCAGGAAAAAGACUCUGAUUCACCCCAAGGAAAAAGAAAUCAAGAAGGAGGGCUGAGAGAAGAUAGAAUUAGUGAAAAGGACCAGGUUACUGACAUACAUCCUGCAGAAAAGGUGAGUGAAGUAAAAGCGUCACAUGUUGGGAGGUCCUCCGGAUUUCAAGUGAAGGGAUGAUUGAAGGAUUUUUUGGGGUUUUAAAUUUUUGAUUUUGGGAUUUUAAUUUUUUGGGGUUGGAAAAUUUUGGCAUCAUAAAAAACCCCAUCGAACUAAAUUCAUGUCUAAAAAACCCCACAAAUUUUGUUAGACUUCUAAGAACUAUCAAGGGUACAUAGGGUUGGCACAUCAAGCCGUUUAUGUGAAAAUACCGAGCCUUUAAAGGCAUGGAUUUUUUUUGGUUUUGAUUUUUGCCUUUAUUCGAUAAUCCCUGACACUUGAAGUCCCCCUAGCCAUGAAUUCUGGUCUUGGUAGUAAAUAGAUGUCAUUGUGCAAAUGGCAAGUGUUUCCGUAAUGAAGAAGAAUGCUCUUACAACAGAGUUCAGUCUUGCUUGCUUGGAGAUUAGAACGAGAAAUGAGGAGGCGAUUACUUCUACAUGAAACAGGAGGUCGAGUAUUCUUCAGGAUAUUUACUUUUUAUGUGUGCAGUCGCAGGCUAUACGGGUGUAGAAAAUACACGUAAAUUCAAGGGCCCCGAUUCCAGAGAAAUUACAUCAUUGCCAGAAAUCAAAAAAGUGAUUUACAUGGCACAUCAUUACAAUCAUUGCCAAAAAUAAACUGUAUGCUCAUCACAAGACCCAUUUGCAUACAAUGAAAGGUUACAACACCUGACCAUUGCCGUUUUGCUAAAGGUUCUUAAUUUUUUUCGACCACUCAGUAGUGUUUACUUGUUCGAAAGUAAUCAACGCUUUCAAGCAAUAGAAUUUGUGGACCGACACGUUUUGGAAAAGCUCUUGAUUUAAUCUUUCCUAAGCUUCCUUCAGAAAACAUGCAUGGCUUCGGUCACUGAACGAUUCUCAUUCCCAAUUUUCCCACAGUCUCUGCAAGGAAUGCCUGGCACAAUGACACCUUUUUGUGUCCUAAAUACGAAGAAUUAAAACGCGUUGCAGAUUAUGAGUCUCACUGCUUAUGCAAGCAAGACUAAUAAUCUGUAAAGGAGGAGUCCACUACACCAAAUGAAAACAGCCCAUGUAGCUAUAUAUAUUACGUACAUAUUUUAUAAAAAAAAAGACUGCUGAUGACUGCUACAUUGACGUUGACGAUGACAAAGAAGAUGAACACAACAGAGACAACAAAGACAAUGAUGUAAAUGGUCUACUAGGUCAAAUGCUUCUUUCAACCCAGGAUUGAUUUUAUGUAUGACUAUUAUCAGGGUUGUCAAAAGUAGCCAGCUGCAGGUGAAAAUCCCCACCUAUUAAUUUUGGUUAGUAUCCGCCGGCUACUCUGCUUGGCAUUUCUUUAUGGAUGGCGUUUUUUAAAUAAAAUAUUCCUGGACUGGCCGCUUACUUUGACAACUCAGCCGUCUACUUCAAAACUUUCUGACAACCCUGCUAUAAUACACUGUAUAUUGCAUGAUACUAGAAGGAAACAUAGGAACAGUGAAGUAACUUUUCUUCUUGUAGGUUGAGUUUUGUCUGGAUGACUACACUUCAGCAGAGCAACUUGAAUCAGUAGGAAUGCAAUGUCUUAAGGAGGAACUGAUGACAAGGGGGCUCAAAUGUGGUGGGACAUUACAGCAAAGAGCUCAGCGGCUGUUUGCUACCAAAGGUGUUCCUCUGGACCAGCUGGAUCCUUCAUUCUUUGCUAAACCAACAGGGAACAAGAAAUCAAAUGGAAAGAAGAAGUAAAGGAGUCCUUCACCUCUAGAAUUUUGAUUUCCGGUCUAAGCAAACAGGCUCGGUGUUGAAAUUAUUAAAACACUACUUGCCAUCCUAUGAUUGAAUAGUUUAUCAUUCUGAGAAUUGGUACCUACAAUAAGUUGCCACAACUUAAGAUGAAGAUUUUGGGAUGAGUUUAACUGAGUUGUGUACUCAAGCUUAAAAUAAUGGACUGUUAUUAGAUUUUGCUAGCAAUCGAACCCUUCAUAAUUUUUACAGUUCUGCUUUCUUCUAUUUCUCUCUUUUUCUUUCACAUGCCUAGAGAAAGUUGUUCAUUACACUGUAUUUUUUCUUAGAUUUUAUUGUCUCUUCUCUUUUUUAAAAACGUAAAUGAGCUGUACAUGUACCUGGAGUCAAUAAUAAUUAUUAUAAACAUUGAACCAUGAACAAUGUUUUAUUUCAGGUUAAAUACGACAACAAUAAUCCAUCU